AUGACUUUUUAUGAUGUUAUCAAUUGUAAUGCAGCUGUUAUACAUCCAUUUGCUGAGCACAUAGCAUAUUUUUUGCUUUUCGCAAUUCCAAUGCUUACAACAGUGGUGAGUGGUACUGCCUCUGUGGGAUCCAUAUUUGGAUACAUUACCUACAUCGAUCUCAUGAACAAUAUGGGACACUGCAACUUUGAGCUCAUUCCUAAAUGGAUUUUUUCAAUCUUUCCUCCUCUCAAAUAUCUCAUGUAUACACCCUCGUUUCAUUCUUUGCAUCAUACACAAUUCCGGACCAAUUAUUCAUUGUUCAUGCCAAUCUAUGACUACAUAUAUGGCACCAUGGACAAGUCUACGGAUGAAUUGUAUGAGAUUUCACUAAAAAGGGAGGAAGAUUUUCCUGAUGUGGUGCAUUUAACACAUCUGACAACGCCAGACUCCAUUUUUCACCUCCAAAUUGGAUUUGCUUCUCUUGCCUCUAAACCUCAGAACUCCAAAUGGUACAUGUGGUUGAUGUGGCCUGUAACAUGGUGGUCUGUUGUCUUAAAUCUCGUAAAGGGAUGCUCGUUUAUCACGGAGAGGAAUUCUUUGGAGAAACUCAGACUGCAAACAUGGGCAAUUCCAAGAUACAGUGUACAGUAUCUUGUUAAAUGGCAAAAACAAGCUAUCAAUGGAUUGAUUGAAGAAGCUGUUCUCGAAGCAGAUGCACGAGGCGCCAAGGUGCUAAGUCUUGGUCUACACAACCAGGACGAGGAACUUAAUAGAAAUGGAGCAAUCUACAUAGAAAAGCACCCGCAGAUAAAUAUUAAGGUGGUAGAUGGAAGUAGCUUGGUUGUCGCUAUUGUCGUUAAUAGCAUUCCGAAAGGAACAACAGAAGUCCUCUUCAGAGGCAAGCUGUCCAAGGUUGCGUACUCCAUAGUUGCUGCUUUGUGCCAAAAGGGUAUCCAGGUGAAUACAUUGUACGAAAAUGAGUAUGAGGAGCUUAAACUAGCUGUAAAGUCCCAGAGUAAAGUGGUACUCUCAAAAAGCUAUACUCAGAAGAUAUGGCUAGUUGGAGAUGAGCUGACAGAAGAAGAACAAAUGAGGGCACCAAAAGGAACAUUGUUCAUCCCCUUCUCGAAGUUUCCUCCAAACAAAGCACGGAAUGAUGCCUUCUACCAGUAUACUCCAGCUAUGGUGGCUCCCCCAUCACUCGAGAAUUUGCAUUCUUGUGAGAAUUGGUUGCCAAGGAAAGUUAUGAGUGCUUGGCGUGUAGCUGGGAUUGUGCAUGCCUUAGAAGGAUGGAAUGUGAACGAGUGCGGUGACACCAUGUUCGACAUCGACAAAAUUUGGCAAGCCAGCCUUAAACAUGGAUUUCGACCUUUAAUGUUUUCGACUUAAUUGAACAUGAAUUUCAUCGCCUUGUUUUAAUUAGUUUGUGCUACAUUUCCCAUUUCCUCUGUCAUUAGACCUACUACUUGUUAAUUAUAUUUCAACUUUGUCUUCUACACGCUCUUUCAA